AUGGAGGGAAAGAAAGAGGAAGGGCUUGCCGGUGCUGGGCAGCUCAGCCUUAUGGAGGGAGAGAAGGAGGAAGGGCUUGCUGGUGCUGGGCAGCUCAGCCUCAUGGAGGAAGAGAAGGAGGAAGGGCUUAUCGGUGUUGGGCAGCUCAGCCUCAUGGAGGAAGAGAAGGAGGAAGGGCUUGCUGGUGCUGGGCAGAUCAGUCUCAUGGAGGAAGAGAAGGAGGAAGGGCUUGCCGGGAGCAUUUCCAUGGAUGGAAGUCAGGUCAAAUAUGAAGCUAAGUCAGUUAGAGAUGGCGCAUGGUACGAUGUUGAUGCCUUCGUUUCUUCUAGGAUGUCUGAAUCAGGUGAACAGGAAGUAAUGGUCAAAUUCUCUGGAUUUGGAGUAGAGGAAGCUGAAUGGCUCAACGCUCGUACUUCUGUGCGACGUCGUUCUUUUCCAUUCAGGGCUUCAGAUUGUGAACUUGUGAAACUUUGGCACCAUGUACUUUGUUACAAGGAAACUGAACAGAGUGGCCUCUAUUUUGAUGCUCAAGUGCAUGGAAGGAAAGUAAAAGCGCAUGGUCCAGAAGAAUGUGAUUGCACAUUCCUUGUUCGCUAUGAGCAUGAUCAAUCCGAGCACCUACCAGAGACAGCGUGCCGAUGGCCCCGCGGCUAUACUGGCCAUCGGCACGGCAAACCCCGCGAACCGCAUCGAACAAGACGAGUUCACCGACUGGUACUUCCGUGUUACCAAGAGCGACCACCUAACCAAGCUCAAUGCGAAGCUGAGAAAAUAUCCGACAAAUCGGGCAUCACGAAGCGCCAUUUCUACCACACCGAGGAGACGAUCGGCGGCCACCCGGAGAUAAUCGACCGCGCGGCUCCGUCGCUUGGCGCUAGGCAGGGCAUCACCACGGACGCCGCCCACAACCUCGCCGCGGACGUGGCGUCGAGAGCGAUCGUGGCCUGGGGCCGCCCGGCGGCCGACAUCACGCAUCUUGUGGUCAGCACCAAUGCCGGCGCCCACGAGCCGGGCGCGGACCUCCGCCUGGCCGGGCUCCUCGGACUCCGGCCGGCCGUGCGCCGUACGCUGCUCUACCUUCACGGCUGCUCUGCUGGCCUCGCCGCUCUCCGCGUCGCCAAGGAUAUCGCCGAGAACAACCGCGGUGCCCGCGUGCUCGUGGCGUGCACGCAGGCGAGCAUCCUGCUGUUCAGUCCCCCGGACGAUGACCGCAUCGACCUCCUCGUCGCCAUGGCCCUGUUCGGCGACGGCGCCGGGGCAGUCAUUGUCGGCGCUGACCCGACCGGACCCAUCGAGCGCCCCGUCUUCCACAUGGUAUCCGCCUCGCAGACGACGUUGCCGGGCACGGAGCACGCCGUGGUGACGAAUUUUAGCGAGAGUGGCCUCACCAACACCAACCUGUCCGUCGAGGUCCCGAUGCUUGUCCGGGGCAGUAUAGAGCGGUGCCUGGCGGACUCGCUGGCGCCGCUGGGCCUCCCUGACGCCAGCAAUGGCGGCUGGAACGGGCUCUUCUGGGCGGUGCACCCCGGAGGCCGCGCCAUCCUGGACAGCUACGAAGCCGCUCUCGGCCUGGAGCCUCGGAAGCUUGCGGCCAGCCGGCACGUGCUGAGCGAGUACGGCAACAUGAGCGGUGCGACGGUCAUCUUUGUUCUCGACGAGAUACGCCGGCGCCGUCGUCGCCAAGAUGACUCCGAGAAGGACUGCCAAUGGGGAGUCAUGUCGGGGCUGGGGCCUGGACUCACGAUCGAGACACUAACCUGA